AUGGAUACGCAGAACGCGGAACAAUAUGGACAUGUAGUUGAGGUACAUGGUAAAAUCUGUGGUUCAGCACUGUGUGGAUUCUCAGAUGUUAAUACCAUGUCUAAGGAUGCACAGGAGAGAUCAGCAUCGAUGAAGAAACUGUGCAUUGCAGUUGUCCUUUGCAUCAUUUUUAUGGCUGCCGAGGUUGUCGGGGGUACUAAAGCCAACAGUCUUGCAAUUUUGACAGAUGCAGCUCAUCUACUAUCAGAUGUUGCAGCUUUUGCAAUAUCCUUGUUUUCACUUUGGGCAUCAGGAUGGGAAGCUAAUCCACGCCAGUCGUAUGGUUUUUUCAGAAUUGAGCUACUUGGUGCAUUAGUUUCUAUCCAAAUGAUAUGGCUUCUAGCUGGUAUCCUUGUUUAUGAAGCCAUUGCUCGUCUUAUACAUGAUACCGGUGAAGUUCAAGGCUUCCUCAUGUUUAUCGUGUCUGCAUUUGGAUUAGGAGUGAACCUCAUCAUGGCAUUCUUGUUAGGUCAUCAUGACGUCCACGGCCAUAAUCACAAAGAGCAUGGUGAUGAUGAUCAUGAGCAUACACAUGAUAUACAUGGAAUAAGUGAAAAGAAAAAGAAACAGUGGAAUAUUAAUGUGCAGGGGGCUUAUCUUCAUGUACUAGGAGAUUGUAUUCAGAGCAUAGGAGUCAUGAUUGGAGGAGCUAUUAUAUGGUAUAAACCAGAGUGGAAAAUCAUUGAUCUAAUUUGCACACUCAUUUUCUCCGUCAUUGUUCUUGCCACAACUAUUAAGAUGAUUCGGAAUAUUCUUGAAGUAUUAAUGGAGAGCACACCGAGAGAAAUUGAUGCAACAACAAUUGAGAAGGGGCUUUGUGAGAUGGAGGAGGUUGCUGCAAUCCAUGAAUUGCACAUUUGGGCGAUUACAGUCGGAAAAGUACUCUUGGCUUGUCAUGUCAAUAUUAAACCUGAUGCUGAUGCUGACAUGGUGCUGGAUAAAGUGGUUGAUUAUAUUAGGAGGGAAUAUAACAUUAGCCAUGUAACCAUUCAAAUAGAAAGAGAGUAUUGA